UUGUGUUAUUUCUGUCGUGAAAACUGCUGAGCAGCUACAGGCUUCAUUAAAUCCCGCCCCCUGCUACAGCCAGCCAUCUGAGAGAAACAGGAGAAAAAGACAACAUGGCACACCAGGACCACAAUGCCCCCUGCGACUACUACUAACCUGGGCUACACUCCUCCUGAUGGAGGCUGGGGGUGGGCAGUGGUGUUUGGAUCCUUCAUCUCCAUCGGCUUUUCCUACGCCUUCCCCAAAUCCCUCACCAUCUACUUCAAGGAGAUCCAGGAGUACUUCUCCAUCUCCUACAGUGAGAUCGCAUGGGUUUCCUCCAUCAUGCUCGCCACCAUGUAUGCAGGAGGACCUGUAAGCAGUAUCCUGGUUAAUCGCUAUGGCAGUCGGCCAGUGGUCAUGGUUGGUGGGCUCCUGGUUGGAGUCGGUAUGGUGGCUGCUUCUUUCGGCACCACCAUAAUGCACCUGUACAUAUGUGUGGGAGUGAUUGGAGGUAUUGGUCUUGCUUUCAACCUUCAGCCAGCCCUGACUAUCAUUGGGAAAUACUUCCAUGUGAAGAGACCUAUUGCAAAUGGUUUGGCUAUGGCUGGAAGUCCUGUAUUUUUGUCCACUCUGGCUCCACUUAACCAGUUCUUGUUUGACACCUUUGGCUGGCAAGGGAGCUUCUUUAUCCUGGGAGCGAUAGUGCUGAACUGCUGUGUGGCUGGAGCGUUGAUGAGACCCAUUAAUGUUAAAGCAAAGCCAGCUGUGAGCCAGAGUUCUGGAGGUGAUAGAUCAGCUGGUGAAGUGGGUGAAGGAGAGGGGGAUGUGGACCCUCAGGCAGUUGGCCUGGUCAGUGAGAAGCAGCAGCCUAAGCAGGGAGGAUGUGCUGCACGAGUUAAUCAGUUCAUCGACUUGUCUCUGUUCAAACACCGAGGCUACCUCAUCUAUCUGGUGGCGAAUGUGGGGAUGUUUUUUGGCUUCUUCGCACCGGUCGUCUUCCUGGCCCCUUAUGCCAAGCACCAGGGUAUUGACGAGUACUCUGCAGCCUUCCUGCUCUCCAUCUUUGCCCUGGUGGACAUGGUGGCUCGACCAGGGACCGGCCUGGUGGCCAACACCAAAUGGAUUCGGCCCAGGAUACAGUACUUCUUCAGCUUCUCUGUAAUGUACAAUGGGGUGUGUCACCUAAUGUUACCCAUGCUGCCUGGGUACACAGGUCUGGUGGUGUAUGCCGUGGUCUUCGGGCUGGCAUUUGGAAUGGUGUGUGCUCUCCUAUUCGAGGUUCUGAUGGAUUUAGUGGGAGCCCAGAGGUUCUCCAGUGCAGUCGGCCUCGCCACCAUCAUAGAAUGCUGCCCUGUUCUACUGGGGCCUCCAAUUUCUGGUGCACUGGUGGACGUCUUCAUGGACUACAAGUACAUGUACUACGCGUGUGGCGUUAUGAUGCUGGUCCCUGGAAUCUUUCUCUUCAUCAUGAACUACUUUAACUACAGAUGGCAGGAGCAGGAAGAGCGGCAGAAGAAGCAGGAAGAGGCGCAGAUGGGCUCAGCCAGAGAACUCACUGCUAUGGAGGAGGCCACUGCUGCUCAGCCUGGCGUUAAACUCAGUCAGGCGGAGGAGUUUAGAGACUCAGAGAGCAAAGAGGAUUAAUAUGCUUACUUGUUUAGAAUGAUGCUUCAUUUAGACUGGAUGUAUUACAUUAUACAAACUAUAAAAUCCUUUAUUUUACCAAAAAUCGACAGUGUGCGUUAAAAUUCAGUGUGUUUUAUGUAUGAAUUUUACUAGUCAGGUUGUAAGCGUUAUAUAGGAGAUUCAGUGAAGUUUCUCCAGCACUAAGGAGCAUUAGCAUUAGCAUUAGCCGCUAACCUCACGCUAGCUCUUUUGUCAUUCAGAAGCCUGUAAAUCAGACUGUAGUCCGUGUGUUUACCAUGUUAAAACAAGCUACGUGGGAUAAAAAGCUAGCUCAUUGUUGCCUGGCUUUCCAGAACACUUAGGGUUCCUCAUUGUAGCACUGUCGCCAGCUAGUGCUGCGCCAGCUAGUGCUAAUGGCCAGUGUUAUGUUACUGUAAAUAAACGGAAGAGCUUUACUCACCCAAAUAAACAGAGUUCAGGAAAGAAAUCUGUAUAGAUUAACAGCAUGGCACACUGUUGUCGCUUAAAAUGUGCCUUUUAAUCCGGUGCACCUUGUGUAUGAAAAUAGACCAGAAAAUAGACGUUUAUUGAAAGUGCGCCUUAUAAUACAGGUUGCCCUGUAGUCCGUAAAAUACAGUAUUUUAAUGUAAAUCUAUUGUAGAAUGCAUCAAUAUAGUGUCACUGUUGUGCAAAAAUUUGUAUCUCCAUUUUUGUGUUUUUUUUCUUGUCUUGAGUCCUAGUGGACAAUAUUGGGAGGUUGAGUCUCAACCCUCCCACCCUAAAGCAUUAAAAAUCAUUUGGCAUUUACUGACUAGCAGCCGCCACAAAAUUUUGGCAGCUGUUGUAACGUGAGUAAAGUUUUGUAAAAUGUUGAUACUACUAAGUUAUCAAUAAAGAUUUUUGACUUUUACUUUCAACAUCAGAAUUUUUAGACAGCAGUAACUUCAAGUAACAAUCCACAAAAUGCUACAAGCAUAUUUAAGGUAUGGUCUCUGUCUAGUUUACAUUAUGAUGGUAGGUGCUCAAAAUAACUAAAAAGCACAACACUAACGCUGCAAAAAAAAAACUUGCUUAACAAACCUACAGUCCUUACUUAUUAGCCAAAAUGAAAUAUCAAGGAAACCCCAAAGUAUCAAGGGAGCACUCUUGUGUCACAGUAGGGGUGAUUAGUUAACGUAAGUAAAGUUAAGCUAAGUAAACAAAACUGUAACAAAAUAAGACUUUCUUUUAAAUUCAAACAAGUGCUGGAUGUUAAUCCACGCGAAAACUGUUUAUUUGGGUGAGUAAAGCGCUUCCGUUUAUUUACAGUAAGCUUAGAUUCUUAAAUUUCUCCAGCACUAAGGCUGGAGUAUUAGCAUUAGCAGCUAACUUCACCAGCAGUGCUAACCGGGGUUAGCAGCAGGCUACAUGCCAAUAAUACUUCCCUCUGAAUGGGGAAAUAGCGAGUGGGGUUAGUGGCUAAUGCUAAUGGUACCUCGGUGCUGGAGAACUUAACUGAAACUCCUGUAUAAAGCCAAACUUCAGUGGAGUAGCUUUACUGCUUCUUACAACCUGACUGGUAAAAACUUCAUACAUGAGACGCACCUGAUCAUAAGGUGAACUGACUAUUUUUGGAAAAAUUAAAGAAUUUUACGUGCACCUUAUAGUGAGAAAAAUAUGGUAAAAAAGAGAUCCGAGUUAACCACACAAUGCAAAGACAGAAAACUUUCAACAUUUAUUAUGAAUAAAUAUUUAUUAAUAUUUAUUUGACACCUUAUUUGGCAACGCUCUCAAAGUAAGCCUGUCUUGUUUAGCAAGUGGAAUGUACAUUGCUCUCUACAAGCAAUAAAUUAAAUUUUUUUUGUUGA